UCACCGAGCUCUUCCGGCGGCGCGGGAGGCGGAGCUGCCCGGGGAAGGUCACGGUCACCGGCUCCAUGCUGCGGGUGAGAGCGGCCGCGCUCGGGGCGCUGAUGAGGGCGGCGAGGGGCGGCCGCCGGUGCCGGGACCCCUCGGGGGGGUUGCGGGUCCCGUCCCUCUGCUCUGCGCCUCCCCCGCAGCCGGUGAUCGCCGCCAAGGAGCCGUUCCCGGUGGAGCUGAAGGAGGGGAAGAGCUACAUCUGGUGCGCCUGCGGGCACAGCCAGCGCCAGCCUUUUUGCGACGGCGCCCACAAGAAGGAGGCCCCGGGGCUGUCCCCGCUGCGCUUCACCCCUGCGCGGACCGGCCCCGCCUGGCUCUGCGGCUGCAAACGCACCCGGACCCCCCCGUACUGCGACGGGACCCACAAAGGGGAGGCGGUGCAGGGCGCCCCGCUGCCCCCACGGGCCUGACCCGGAGCCUUGGCAGCUCGGGACCACGGGGACGCUCAUCCCGACCUCGGGAUGGCCGGACUGGAGAGAGGCUCGGCUCCCACCCCAAUGAAAUCCUGAUURCUGGGGGCUGCGAGCUGUCCCCACUGCAGCAAACCGGACACACACCCCCACCCUCAGGGGUGGGGAUUUGCCCUCUGCAUCCAAAUAAUCCUCUGGACUAUGGGAUGUUUGGGAGUGGUUUUGCAUUGCUGGGGUUGUGAGUGCCCAGGGGGAUGCGGGCACCUGGGGAGUUUGGCAUGGUGCACCCUGUGGGAUUUAAAACCGAGGAAUCCGUGGGAUUUGGGAUGGAGUGACCCAUGGGAUGCAGGAUGGAGGGACCUGUGGGAUUUGGGACGAAGGAGCCUGCAGAGUGUAGGAUUUGGGUUGGAGGGAUCUGUGGGAUUUGGGAUUGAGGGAUCUGUGGGGUUUGGGCAGGAGGCUCUGCUGGGCCGAAGCAGGACCAGAGUCACACAAAGGCAUGACCGGGGACAAGAGCUGGGAUUUGGGUUCGUUUCCGGGACAUUAAACAGGAUGCAGACACGCAGAACCCUGGGGUUGGGACGAGAGAGGGAAACCCCGAACCUGUGCACACCCCGAGCCCAAACACAAACCCCGCCCCACGCCCGGGCUGGGCCGGUGCCCCCCACCCAGUCCGGGUUAUGUGCAAGGGAUGAAGGGGGGGAGGAAUCGAGACRAACGGAGCCCCCGGCCCGCCUGGAGCCCCUGGGGGCAGACAGGGGACAGGAGUGACCCUGUGGAGACCUCCCGGGGCCACCCCCAGCGGGGACGGGACAGGAGUAUCAUUCCUGUGCCAUUCCUGUGCCCUCCCUGCGCCAUCCCCGCGCCGCUUCCCUUCCGCAGGCACUCGCUCAUUCUGUGUCCUUCCUCCAUCCCCUCCCCAGCGAGGGCAGGAGAGGAAAACCCCGGGAUCAUCCUUCCCUGGGCCUCCUGUGCUUUUUUAAAAAAAWAUUCCAUGCAGGAAUUUGGUCCCUUUCCCCGGGAGACACCCCAGCUCCUUCCCAUGCUUGGCCCUUGCCAGUGCCUCCUGGCUAAAGGCACUGAAGUCAGGAUUUUUCCCAUUUUCUUUUAUUAAAAAUGCAAUGUGAGGGCAGGAGGAGAGGGUGGGAAGGACAGCAAGGAGGGACGCCGAAAAGAAACGCUCAGAAACAGGAGAAGCAGGGAGCAGCUUCAUGGAUUUGAAGCCCCUGGGUCCAGCACGUGCUGCCCCCGAGCUUUUGGAUGCCCCCAAAUUUCCCUGGAGCUGUCAGAACCUCAGAAAAGAGCAAAUUUCCAGGGGGAUUUGUGCUCCCACCAUGGUGCCACCACCAAGCUGAAGCRUAAAUCAUUUGGAAAGUGUGAAAAUUUGGGGGAAGAAAACCCCCCAAAAAGGAACUUACUGUGCAGGAGGGCAGAGUUGGCACGAGAUUUUGGGUGAUCAGAGCCCGAAACAGUGGCCAGAACCCACAAGGAAAGCAGAGAAAGACCCCAAAAUGUGACAGAAAACCUGGAGCUGAGAUGGAGCUGGCACAGUCACCUCUGACCUGGUGUGUGAAACCCGUAAAUAAACACAAAAUACCCACAACUAAAUU